AUGGGACUCAUUGGAAAGACGUCGCACGUCGACCCGUCCGAGCAGACCCGCGAUUCGGAUGAUGCUCAGCACAAGGGUGCUGCCGAGCACGUCAAGCAUCCUUUCUCUGACCUCAGGCAGAAGCUGAAAGAAUCGUCUCUUUACGACAUUAAGGUCAAGGCUAUCCAUGCGAAACACAAAAUCGGCAAGUGGCAGAACUUGGUCAAUCCAAACCACCGUCACGACGAAGAGCACGAAAAGGAAACCGACGAGAAGAGAGCCAAAAUUGCCGACGGUCAUCGCUUCGAGAGUUUCGCUCNNCCGAGAGACGGAAACAAGAUCAAAUGGUACAUCGAUGGGCGUGACUACUUCCAUGCCGUAUCGGUCGCACUUGAAAGAGCAAAGGAAACCAUCUAUAUCGAGGACUGGUGGCUAUCGCCCGAACUCUUCUUGCGUAGGCCUCCCUUCACCACCCAGGAUUGGCGUCUGGACCAUGUCUUGAAGCGUGCAGCCGAACGUGGUGUUCAGAUCUACAUUAUUGUGUACAAAGAGGUGAACCAAGCUCUUACUUGCAACUCGGCGCACACCAAGCGUGCCCUUCGUGCUCUUUGCCCUGAAGGUACUCCUGGCCAUGGCAACAUCCAUCUGUAA